AUGUUAGAUGUUAGUUUCACCGGAGAGUUUAUAGUUAAAGCUUCCGGCGAUCAUCCUGAGAAAGUUCAUAGCCUUUUUCUCUCAAAUCUCGACCUUCUUUCCGGCCGUUUUCCGGUGACCUACUUUUACUUCUACUCCAAGCAGCCUCACUUAUUAUUAACCUUUGAUUCCAUUGUCAAAUCUCUCAAAACAUCUCUGGCUGAAACUCUCAACUACUUCUACCCUUUCGCGGGUCAGAUUGUUCCCGGCAAAACCACUCAAGAGCCUAUGAUUAUCUGCAACAACAAUGGCGCAUUGCUCGUCCAAGCCCGAGCAAAUAUCGAUCUCAAAAGUUUGGAUUUUUACAAUCUCGACACGCUUCUCCAAGCAAAACUGGUUCGGGUUAACCCGGAUUUCGCUUUGCAGAUUCAAGCAACAGAGUUCGAAUGCGGAGGCCUCUCUGUAACAUUCACAUUCGAUCACGCUUUAGGAGAUGCGAGCUCUUUUGGGAAAUUCCUCACUUCGUGGUCAGAGAUAUCAAGAAAACAGCCGGUUUCUUGUGUACCAGAUCACCGGAGGAAUCUCCUCCGGGCACGCUCUCCUCCGCGUUACCACCCUCUCUUAGACAAAACAUUCAUAAAAUGCAACGAGGAAGAGAUUAAGAACAUACAGAUGUCCAAAACGCUAAUCAAGCGUCUCUAUCACAUCGAUGCUUCGAGCAUAGACGCGUUGCAAGCUCUUGCUACUGUAAAAGGAGAGAGCAGAACAAAGAUCGAAGCUUUCUCUGCUUAUGUGUGGAAGAAAAUGGUGGAUGCUAUAGAGAGCGGUCAUAAAACCUGCAAGAUGGGCUGGCUCGUUGACGGUAGAGGAAGACUCGAGACCGUUACCUCUAGCUACAUAGGAAACGUUUUGUCUGUAGCCAUAGGUGAAGCAACCGUUGAAAAUCUGAAGCAAAAUCAUGUAUCAGAGAUUGCAAACAUAGUGCAUAAAUCGAUAACCGAAGCGACUAAUGAUACCCAUUUCAGAGAUCUGAUAGAUUGGAUCGAGAGUCACCGACCUGGACUGAUGUUGGCUCGGGUGGUUCUCGGUCAAGAAGGACCAGCUUUGGUAUUGUCUUCAGGGCGACGGUUCCCUGUGGCUCAAUUGGAUUUUGGAUUUGGUUCUCCUUUCCUAGGAACUGUAUGUUCAACGGUUGAGAAAAUAGGAGUUGGUUACCUGAACCAGCGGCCUAGCGCCUGCAAUGAUGGCUCAUGGUCAGUCUCUGCUAUUGUGUGGCCCGAACUUGCUGCGGCUUUAGAGUCUGACUCGAUCUUUCAGCCAAUGUCUGCUAAACAUCUUCAGCUCCAGACCUGA